CAGAAUAUAACUGACCACCAUGGCAGCAGGCUGGAGGAGAGUUAUCCUAAUAUUUAUGGCAGCUCAAGUACUCCUAGUGGUGAAUACCUUUGAGGAAGAGGAUGUACCUGAAGAAUGGAUUCUUCUUCAUGUUGUUCGAGGUCAGAUUGGAGCAGGAAACUACAGCUAUUUGAGACUAAAUCAUGAGGGAAAGAUCGUGCUCCAGAUGCAGAGUUUAAGAGGCGACGCGGACUUGUACGUCUCUGAUACGACGCUUCACCCCAGCUUCGACGAGUACGAGUUACAGUCUGUAACUUGCGGCCAGGACGUUGUUCACGUACCUGCACACUUCCAGCGCCCCGUGGGAAUAGGAAUCUAUGGUCAUCCCUCUCACCUGGAGAGUGAGUUUGAAAUGAAGGUGUACUACGAUCCAACAGUUGUACGGUAUCCGUUUGGCGAGGCAUCUUACAACCCUGAGGAGAUGGAGGCGAGCCAGAAAUACUCACAGGCUACAGAAGAUGACUCUCAGGAUGAGGAAUCCGUUUUCUGGACUAUACUUAUUGGAAUCUUGAAAUUAAUACUUGAAAUUCUUUUUUAAAUUGAUACACGCUGGACUAAAUCACACUACAGCCUGUGGAAUUGAACAUAAGUGACUUGCUGUAAUAUUCAAUACUCCUUGUUGUAUU